UAGUAACAACUAAGGUGUGUCACUCUACCAUAGUCCAACAGAUUGUUGAUUGAAAUUCUGCAAUGUUCAACAUUUGAUUUGAUGCUUUGUUUCAAGCCAUUGUCUUGGUUUCUUCCAACUCAACUUUCAAGCUCUUUCACCGAUCAAACAAGAUGGCUGAAAGAAUAACAGUUGAGUCAGUCUUACAAAAGAUCAGCCACAGACAUCUUGAAUGUCAAAUCUGCAAGGAUCGCUUCAAGGAGCCCAAAAUGCUGGAGUGUUCUCAUUCAUAUUGCAUGCAAUGCCUCCAACAACUUGCAGAGACUAACCACACUAGUCCAACACUUAUAUGCCCAGUGUGUCGCGCUGAAACUUUCCUGUUUGGAAAAGGAGUUGUUGAACUACGAACUGACUUUAGGUUGACUUCUAUGUUAGAUGAAAUUGAACAGCAUGAAAGUUUACUACAAAAACAACAAGCAGUUCAACCACGUAGUAAGGGGUCUGUUUCUAAAUGUAGCAAGCAUACUGAUAUGGAUGUUAUUAUGUACUGUGACUCAUGCAAACAGUUGAUAUGCACAACUUGCAUUGCAAAAGAUCACAAAAUGCAUCCAGCCACUGAACUGAAUGAGGUUUUAGACAAAUGCAAGAAAAAAACGAAAACAAUAUUAGCAGAAGUCGGACAACAUCGCAAUAAUUUCAUGACCGCUUUGAAAGACAUUGGUAUGUGUCAGAAGCUGUUAGACACUAUGUUUGUUGCCACCAAAGCAAAGAUCUCCAAGAAGGCAGAUGAGGAGAUUGCCAAGGAGGCUGCAAGGAUAAGAGGGGAAGAAAAGAAACUGAUGGUAGAAUUGGCCCAGGCUUAUAAAGACAGAGCCACUAAAAUAGAAACUGCAAUCGCCACAAAUAACAUUGAAGUGACAAAAGGACAGAAUACAGAAGAGAUGGUUAAUCAACUCAUGGAUGAACUGAACUUUUGUGAGAAUCUAAAUCUCAUUGAAGAGCUCUUGCAAAACCUCCAAGCACAUACAAAGAUACAACCAAUGAACAUGCCCAAUGGGUUGACUUACAUAGACUAUGAAGAUGAUCAAACAUCACUUGGGAGAUUGGUGAUGAAAGAUAGACUAGAGCUAGAAGAUGCAGCUAGUGCUGCGGCAACACAGCAACCAUACAAACCUUGGACAAAAUUUACAAAAAUAACCAGGUUCAUGGACAUAAAUAGACAAAUACAAAACAUCUGUGCAUCAGAUGUUGCUUCCUAUCACAAUAGCACCAUUGUUGUGUGUGAUUUCAAGCGAAGAAGCUUGAUCAAAAUAUCAGCCGACAGCAUUGCGCAAUCAAAGGUCCUCCCAAAAGAGCUGUCGAUUAAAGGUCUCAUUAAUCCAAGCAGAGUGACUGUGAACAAGAAUGAUGAGCUCAUUGUUGUAGAUAACACAGAAGUUAAAAUCUUCAAUGGCAAUUAUCGCUGUAUCCAUCAGUUCAGAGUCAACAGGCCAUCAUGCAUUGCAGUGGAUGAAAACAAUCUGAUAGCAGUGGUUUCCUGGAGAAACAGUGAGAUCUCUUUACACGAACCAGAUGGAUCCCUCAUCAGAAAGCUGCCAGCACCAGGAAUCGGUAGACACUUUACCAUCCACAAACAGCAGAUCAUCUAUCUGUACACUAACAUGGGUGUUGUUAAGUUAGUAGCAUUGGAUUACUUUGGUGGUACUGUAUUCUCAGUAAAUACACGUUUGCCUCAUCGUUCAUUGCCGGUUGGGGGUCCGAAUGGUGUGUGUUGUGAUGAAAAGGAUGGCAGGAUCUACAUUGCUGUAUGUGAAAGGGGUACAUCUUACGGUGAGAUCCAACAUUACAGUCCUAAAGGCAAUUUCAUCGGAUGUAUUAUGAAGUGGACUCGUCCCAAUUGUAUAAUACUGACACCAGCUGGAGAUCUGGUCAUGGCCACAGACGAUUCAGUUAAAAUAUAUUACAAUAAGUAA